GUAGCAGGACUAUGGUGACUUAACCAUGAAAAGACAUGGCAAGACAGAAGUGGCUGAACUAUUUUCAUGUACUUAUUCUACUGAGGAAAAUGGGCUUUAACUGAAUUUUUCUCUUUACCUUCCUUUCUUUUUGCCCUGUGCAAAAAGGAAAUCUGUAGUUAAACAGCCGUUCCACCCUACACUAAAUUUCCUAUUCAAACAAAACUUUAAAAUCUGGGGUUGCAAGAAAUCAAAUGAGACAUUGUUCCACAAAACACAGAAAUGAAGGAAUCCUGAUACUCAGUGGUUUCUCCCUCUUCCCUGGCUAGCCUUGCCCUGGACCUCCUUUCCUGCUGGGCAUCUGUGGUCUGUUACUUUGACAGUGACAUCUUAGCAGCUGUUUUGGCUGUAGAAGUCAAUUACUGAGAUCCAAAGCUAUUAGGGGGAACCAAAUGGUGUGUGAAACUUUGUGUCCCCUCUUCCUGAUCAUCUGCUGUCAUUAAACUUUAGGAGCACAACUGUCAUUGAGGUGUCUGCCUGGGGUUGAAUUUGGCUGAGAGUGGCCAGCAGGAACAAAAGUUAUUCGGAGUGGGAAUAAAAGGAAUAAUUCUGGGACUGGACAGAAAGAAAUCAAAUAUGACCUGUCAUUAUGGACAACAGAGAGUGGGCUUUUGAGUUUUAGGGUGGGUUUUUUUCAGCAACCUGUAUUUUUUCACAGGAAAUUUUCAACAAAAGUGUGAAAUAAAUAUUUUUAGCAAACUAGCACAGGAAGGAGACCAGUUUCCUCAGUGACUGAGAUGCAGGCUCACACUCCCAUGAAAGGCACGACCAGGAGUGUCCCAUUACUCCAUCUGAGGUCCUAAAUGUGUAAAUCAGUGAGACUCUUUUCCCCAUUCAUAUCCUGAGACAAAAGUAGGAACAGAAAAGUCCCUGCUCCCCAUAUAUCUUAUUGGCGAUGAGAGUGAAUACAGUGUUGAGGCCAAAUCCUGCUGUGCCAGAAUGUAGUCAGCACAAGCCUCAGCUGUGGGCUAGCGCUGCAGCUGAGACCAUGAAAAUAGCUGUGAAGAGCGUUAGACUGGUGCAAGAGGGAUGAAGGACUGGGGGAUAGAAAUAUGUGUGCCAAGGGGUCUUCUGUAGCUAAUCUUCUUGAUGUUCUAGUCCAAAUAUUUCUGUGUUCUUCAAAGGUAAUUAAAAGUUCAGACCUCACCAUCUCACUGUGUGUGCUUGCCAUUUGAAUAUGAAUACAUGCAUUUAAAGAGUCCUGAGGAUGUAUUGUGUUUUGCACUGCAUCACCAGCGUGUUUAAUCAGCUCAAGAUUUGGUGGGCUCUGUUCCCUUCGACUUGCUGGGGAUUGGGCUGUUGUAUUGAAUGAAGGGCUAAGUGGGCAAGAGCAGUGCUCUGUGUGUUAGGAGGGAAAGGAAUAAAGAAGAUUCUGCAGAGACAAAAGAGAGCUGGAAAAAGAAGCAAAAUAUUUUCUGUUUGCCUUGUUUGAAGAUACAGUCCCUGUUGCAGAGAUCCGUGCCUCUUUCUCCCAGAGAGCUGUUCUGAAAGAAAUAAAGAGAAGGGAAAGGGUCUCUGCUACAAGCAGACAAAACUGAGGGACAUAGGAUUGAGCUGUUUGUUACAUGAGACAGAUCUGCCAGAGAAAAGGUACCUGGGGCCUGUUGCAUUCCCCUCUCCAUCCCAGUAUCACUGCCUGCCUCAGCCUGUGUGCUUCUGGGCAGGGUGACAGGGUGCAUGCCCUCGCAUCCAGAGGACGUGCUGCGUCCAUCCCUGGGUAAUCUGACUUUGGGUUCACCUGCAGCCCCCCCACCUCUCCUUCUGCAUGGGGGAGUGAUCAGGAAGCUGUCUAACUCCCUUUGAGUGGAACAGUAGUAUACUCAAUGUUAUAACAUUUGGAUUUCAACAAUGCUGACUUAACAGCUGCAUUAGAUAAUUUUCUUUAUUGAACUUGGACAGGCUUAAACCAUAAGUGAUUCAGUGAAGGGAUGAAAGCAAUACAACAAUGCAUUAACUUUCAUCCCCAGAGGUCUGCUUCUCUAGUGCACUUCAAACCAAAUGUGCUGAAAGGGUAGAGCUCUGAGAUGUGUAAUGAUUGUGCAAGCUUCUUUUCUUUCCCAGAGGGGAGGAUCUUUCUGAAAGUGGCCCUACUUUUGCUUUAAUCUGCAUCAUCUGGGAUUGUUUCUUCAUAUACAAACAAUUUAAUUUGUUUUAUUAAAAACAGUUCAGGGGCCACAUUUUAUUUUAGAUAUUGAAUGAAUGUAGCACACAAAAUUCUGCUAGCUAUCCUUGUGUGUAUACAGUAUUCAGUUUGGGGAUUUCAGGUAAGUGAACUUGAACUGCAGAUUGUUUGAAAUAAAGAGAAUAAAUAAAUAGUAGUGUGUAAUCCAGAAAGACUGAUUCCCAGUAGGAGUCUUUAGGGGAUAAGGUGAAAUGGAUUGGACUGCAGAUACAGUGCUAUGGUGCUUAAAGAGGUGUCAGGGACAACAGGCUGUCUUGGUCCUGGAGCACUCUGCAAAAGAAGAGGAGGCAGGUGUUGUACCAGAGCAUGGCUGUAGAGCAGAGAUCAGGAUCACGGUUUUGAUGUUAUAUGUGCAGUGCUGUAACUGGACAGAAGAAGGAUGUGUCUAGCAGAAAUAAAACAGAAGCCAGGAUUCCAGUCAUUUUGUUUUUUUCUGAAACUUUUGGCAUAGAGAGUAGUCAAAAUUCAGCACUUUUCCUCCCUGUUUUAUUUCUCAAUGUCGUUAUUACUAAAUUUUUCAACUUUGAUGUGCUUUUUUAUAGGGGCUUUUCUCAGUAUGCAGUCCUUUUAGAUUUGGGCGUGAUAACUAAUCACAUCCUGUGCGUUGGACACUUGGCUUUCAUCCCCAUAUAUUCCUGCUUUUCUGAAGGAUACAAUCUCACAUUGUCCUGGACUGGAGCAGUAAAGGAUAAAUCUGAUCACUGGCUGACCUGUUAUCUCUUUGUAGUGAUGGACAAAUGGUUGCCUAAAAUAAACCCUCUGUUAUGCUGCUAAAACUACCUUUGAAUCCAAGAUCUGUUGUGAUUUUUGAAACACAAACCCCAAAAUGUCAGAACCCGACCCUUCAUCUGGAUUUGUAGGAAACAUGGAAAAUGGGACUUUUCUGGAGCUAUAUCCCACAUCCCUUUCAACUUCAGUGGAUUCAUCACCUGGCCGUUUAUCCAAUGUCUAUGUCUAUGUUUCAAUAUUCCUUAGUCUGUUAGCUUUUCUCCUUUUGCUAUUGAUCAUUGCACUUCAGAGGUUGAAAAACAUAAUUUCUUCCAGUUCCUCCUACCCAGAAUAUAAUAGUGAUGCUGGAAGCUCUUUCACUAAUUUAGAGGUUUGUAGUAUUUCUUCCCAGCACUCUGCUCUCUCAAACCUUUCUUCAUGAAACUAAAUGGAAGGAAACAUACAGUGAAUGGAAGAGCUUUGCCCAGUUUCUUGGGAAGGUAGUGCAUGCAACAUUUGCCUUAGAAGACUAUUAUGAGGAGAUGGCUUUCAAAGUUUCCAUAGGGUUUUUUUCUUUCCUUUUCUAGUGUGCAUUUCCCCUUUUACUAAUGUUCUUUUUCAUUCUGGACAAUGGAUAAUGACAUUUGUUCAUUGUUUUAUGCCUGCAAUAGUGAUGCUGUCUUUUUCUCACACAUAUAUGGUGUUCAUUACAAGUAUUCCUUCCAAAUUGUAAUACGGUUCUAACUGAAUGUGUCAUUUUUCUGCUGUAGUUUUGACCCCCUUAGCUGGUUUUGUAUCAGUAACAUGGUCACUACUUUUCUUUUUCCUUUUUUAAUUAGAUAAGGACUUCUGGAUGAAAUCCCUAUUGCAAAAGUAUACGAAAAAACACUGCUUAAAUUAUAAAUAUUAGGACAAUUUAAAGUUGUUGGUAUUUGUUUGGUUUUUAAUUUUCAAGUCUUUUACAGUAUUUCUUGAUGUUUAUAAAAUCCAUUUCUUGAAUGUUGCUUUUGUUUAUUCAUACUCCUAACUCAUUGUGUAUAAAGUCUGUAUUUCAGUUUUUGAAUCUCUGGUUAACUUAGUAAAGCAACUGCAAUAAUGACUCUCA